AAUGUAGGGUCAUAGCUUUGGCUGGGAAGAGAGAAGGCUGUCCUGCCAAUUUCGCAGUUUUCCCUUGCUUUCCACAAGGACAGACCCGCAUCCGAAGUGUGUCACGGCGGCUGCGUAAAGACCGAAGACAGGGCUAAGCUCCACUGCAGUGUUACGGUUACUCCUACUGGAUGUCCACUGGAGAACAGGUGGUUUUUAAAGGCACUCGGCGGUGUAUAGUGUUGACACACUGACUGUUUCUACAAAAGAAAGCAACUCAAAUGCAGACACCCCUCUGAUGCUUUUGGCCAACUUGAGCUCAUGGUGUGUGCUCGCUGGGGUAAACUAGUGGCCUGGCCAAAGAGCGCAGUGUUGCUAAACACAAUUAAGCCAACACAGGAUGUCAUGGGCCAGAGACCUCUUUCCAGGCAGAGUGGACGAGCGAAAGACAGCAUGGGGAGAGCGCAAUGGCAAAAAAAGGAAGGACAGCUCGUCACUAUGCAACCCACGUUACAUGAGCUGCCUGAGGGACCCGGAGGACUUGGAAACCCCUAAUGCUGCCCCUCAAAAUUACCACUGUGGGGCAGGCACCAGUGGGAACAAUUUUGGCCUGCGCUGUGGCUGGCAGGAAGACCACUAUGGGAAACGGAUGGUUGGUGGUGGAGAUCUGGGUCUAAAGGCUGUGAAUCUGGGCUUCGAAGACGGUGAGCUGAAGGGUAGGAAAGAGGAGGAAUUAGGACAGUUCUCUGAGGGCAGCUGCAAGACAAUGACUGCCGCGGACUGUUGUAUGCAGGUCGUGCGGGUUUUUCAAUCCAAGAAAUUUCAGUCCACCAAGCUGGAACGUCUUUAUCAGCGGUACUUCUUCAGGCUCAACCAGAGCUCUCUGACCAUGCUAAUGGGAGUUCUGGUGGUGGUGUGCGUUGUUAUGCUUACCUUCCACUGUUUCCAACCUGAGUCAAGCCUCAGACCUGGCUACAUCUCGGUACUGUCUGUGGCCAUGGCUCUUUUCCUGGCGAUGAUGGUGGUGUGCAACCGCAACGGCUUCCACCAAGAUUACAUGUGGAUUGUGAGCUACCUUGUGAUCGGGGUACUGAUUGUAGUGCAAGUAUAUGGGAUCGUCAGCGUGUCCCCCCACAGUGCAUCAGAGGGCAUCUGGUGGACAAUGUUCUUCAUCUACAUUAUCUAUACCUUGUUGCCAGUCAGAAUGAGAGCUGCUGUGCUUAGUGGAGCUGUGCUGUCCAUCGUACACAUAGUCACCUGGUAUCUCAGCAAAGACAAUAAGGAUAAGUUCGGUUUUUUUAAACAGAUCAGUGCCAAUAUGCUGAUCUUCCUGUGCACUAACAUGAUCGGCAUCUGUACUCACUACCCCGCUGAAGUCUCCCAAAGACAGGCCUUCCAGGAGACUAGAGGAUACAUUCAGGCCAGACUGCACCUGCAGAGGGAAAACCAGCAACAGGAGCGCUUACUGCUGUCGGUGCUGCCACAUCACGUUGCCAUGGAGAUGCAGGCUGAUAUCAGUGCCAAGAAGGAAGAUAUGAUGUUCCACAAGAUCUACAUUCAAAAACACGACAAUGUUAGCAUACUGUUUGCGGACAUUGAGGGCUUCACCAGCCUGGCAUCUCAGUGCACGGCCCAGGAGCUGGUCAUGACGCUGAACGAGCUGUUUGCCCGCUUUGACAAGCUGGCUUCGGAGAACCACUGUCUGCGUAUUAAAAUCCUUGGCGACUGUUACUACUGUGUGUCAGGACUGCCUGAGCCCCGUGCUGACCACGCCCACUGCUGUGUAGAGAUGGGAGUAGACAUGAUUGAAGCGAUCUCGCUGGUGAGAGAGGUUACAGGCGUUAACGUGAACAUGCGGGUGGGCAUCCACAGCGGGCGCGUUCACUGCGGGGUGCUUGGCUUGCGCAAGUGGCAGUUUGAUGUGUGGUCUAACGACGUGACCCUUGCCAACCAAAUGGAGGCUGGGGGAAAGGCUGGUCGUAUCCACAUCACCAAAGCGACACUGCAGUAUCUGAACGGGGACUAUGAAGUGGAGCCAGGUUUUGGAGGGGAGAGGAAUGCUUACCUGAAGGAACACAACAUUGAAACCUUCUUGGUGCUGGGCUGCAGCCAGAAAAGGAAAGAAGAGAAAGCCAUGAUAGCUAAAAUGCAGCGUACACGUGCAAAUUCUGCAGAGGGAGUGAUGCCACGUUGGGUGCCCGACAGGUCUUUCAACAGAAACAAGGAGCCCAAAGCCUACCAGAAGAUGGGCAUCGAUGAAGCAUCCAGCAAAGAAAAUCGCUGUACUCAGGAGGCACUGAACACCGAGGAUGAGGUGGAUGAGUUUCUCGGACGGGCCAUCGAUGCGCGCAGCAUUGACCAGCUGAGGAAAGAUCAUGUCAAGAAGUUUCUGCUCACUUUUCAGACUGAAGAACUUGAGAAAAAGUACUCUAAAAAAGUUGACGAUCGUUUCGGGGGAUAUGUGGCCUGCAUACUUUUUGUCUUCUGCUGUAUCUGCUUCAUUCAAGUUAUUAUUUUCCCAAAAACACCGCUUAUGCUCGGUCUUUACAUUAGUGUCUUCGUCAUCCUCGCCAACAUCCUCUUCGUCUGUGCCAUCUACUCCUGCAUCAAAGUACGAAACAAAGGCCUUCGCCGCUCAUGUGGUUCCUCUUGCAGAUAAGAGACAUUAUUACAUGUUUUCAGCCAGCAUCGCUAAUGGCAUUAACUCUCCCUUAUCUGAUGCUCUCCC